CCACUAACUUGGAAAAUUGCGAAAUUCAAUACAAAAAUCUUAAUUCUAGCUUAAUUGAAAAAGAUGAAAAAAUAAAGAGAUUUAGUGAGAAUAUUCAAAAUAAUACUGAACAUCAGAAAACACUUGAAGUGCAAUUAGAGAAGAGUAAAACUAAAUUAAUAAAGCAAGAUAAACAUAUUCAGUUAUGCCAAUCUGAAAUUGAUACAUUAAAUCGGACAUCAGAAAAUAUCAGAGAACAACAGGAAAAAAUUGAAUUGCAACUAAAAGAUAGUCAAACUAAGCUAAUAGAUAAAGUGAAAGAAAAUCAUUUAUGUCGAGCUGAGGUUGAUACAUUGAAUAAGACUUUACUCAAUACUCUUAUCCCAUCAAGUUGCUCUCCUUUUGGAGAUUAUCCUGGUGUUCAUGAAAUAAGAGUUUCUGGAGUUGGUUUCUUCGAUGUUUUAUGCGAUAGUCAGUUAGCUGAACCUGGAUGGAUUGUAAUACAACAACGAGUUGGGCGAAAUGAGGAUUUCAAUAGGGAUUGGGCAACGUAUCGCAAAGGUUUCGGUGCAAUGGAUAACGACUUCUUCCUUGGCCUAGAGAAAAUACAUCGUAUCACGAGCUUGCAGCGUCACGAACUUUAUAUUCAUUUGGUUACUCUGAAUGGAAGUACUUACAAUGCUCGAUAUGACGAUUUCAAAAUAUCUGAUAAAGACAAUGGAUAUAAACUGAGUUUGGGUAAAUUCAGUGGAACUAUUAUAGAGGAUGCGAUGAGAUACGCUGAAAACAUUAAAUUCACAACAAUCGAUCGGGAUAACGACGAAGCUGAUAAGGCUAAUUGCGCAGUUGUUUUCAAAAGUGGCUGGUGGCACACAGAUUGUUAUAAUUGUAAUUUAAAUGCUCCAUAUGGGCCAGAUCUAUUUUGGUACCGACGAAAUCCAUUGAAAGAAGCAAAGAUGCUAAUUCGCCCCAAAAGAAGCGAUGAAGAAGUGAGCAACUGAAGAGCCGAAAUUUCAAUAUUUUACUAAAUAAUGUAAUCAUUUAUAUAUAAUUGGUGCCUUAAGAAGUUGCGUUCUGAA